UUAGUGAUUCCGGGCUAAUGUGGUCAUAAUCGACUUAUAUUAGUACCUUGUCUUCGUGUUACCUAGUCACUGACUGUGUCGCCAUUAUCGAUAAUUUGGAGCUUACCGAACUAUCGAAAUGAUUAUUGUAACAUAUUGUAUUGAUUUUAUACUAGGUGCGGGACAUAUUGUGUGUUAUUUUUAUAAUCCUUCUGUAUCUGUGUGUCUAUAAUGUUGUAGGAUAUUUGGGUAUCCUAUGCAGAUAAGUUCGAAUAGCUGUUACCGUUUGAUUUCUGCAUUAUCCUGCAAGGUUAUGGAUGGUGUGUAAUAUGUGGAUGUUGUAUUGAACUCUCUCUUGCAGUCAUUGUUCAUGAUUCGAGUUUCACCGUGGCAGAUUCAUCCUACAGCAUAUUUUGGUUGUUAACGGUGAUGUGAUUCGAGAGUACCACUACUACAGCUAUUCGUUUGCAAUGCGUUUGUGUUCAAGAUGAGUGAGGACGUGAACCCCUAUCACUUUGGCAGCAUCACGGCGCUGUCGCGUGACAACUAUGCUUCGAUGUUGGACCGAGUUAAGGGUCUUAAGGUACUUAUCUUGGAUAAUGCCACUGCUGGAUCCAUGUCGUUGGUACAGACACAUUCCUAUUUGUUGGAGGGUGGUGUUCUUUUGACCACUAACAUAGGCGACGACUUUUACAAGAAUGAUAUGCGCAGUUUAUCAAACUUGCGUCACUUACGUGCUGUUUAUAUAAUUCAGCCAUCUCAUAGUAAUAUAUUGCGUCUGUGUGAUCAGUUACGUGGUGGUUACUUUAAGGAGUACUACCUUUACUUCACCAGUACUCCUUUAGAGGGUCAACUUGAGAUGUUGGCUAAGAACGACGUGCUAGAAUUGGUAUGUGGCGUGUAUGCAUACCAUACCGAUUUUUUUGCUAUAUGUCGUCAUUUCUUUUUGUUGGAUGCUGGUACAAGUGAUUUGUAUACUAGUGUCCACAGCGGCGAAGCGGGUCGCGUAUCGCAAGGUUUGUUCAAUGUAUUUCGCGUGAUCAAGCAAGUUCCUGCUAUUGUACAUGUGAAUAACAGUUCUGAAGCUCGUAAUCUUGGUCAGAAGGUGCAGGCGUUGUUGGACAACGACUCAUUGAACUCUGAGGCUAUUUUGAAGUCAUAUACUAAGUUCGGCACUUCAGACAGCCACGGCUGUUGUUUACUCAUAUAUGACCGUAAAUUUGACUGCAUCACUCCUUUGAUGCAUCAAUGGAGUUACCAGUCCAUGAUAUACGAGAUGCUUAACGUGACGCGAAACAGCGUGCGUAUAGGUGAAGAGGACUUCGUUUUGAAUCCUGACUUUGACGAUUUCUAUGGUUCACAUUUAUUUAAGGAAUUUAGUGAUGUUGAGUCAGCAUUGACUACUAUGAUCCAGGAGAGCAAGAAGACAUUUUCUGGUGCAGUGGACAUACUUCAGAGCCUUCCUCAACAAACCAAAAUUUGUAAUGAGACGAAGCGUCACGUUGCCAUUUUGCACGAAUUGUCCACUCAAAUUCAACGCAAGAAUCUGUUGAACACGGGACUUCUAGAGCAGGACAUGGGAACCCACUCAAAGGGAUCUGCGGAUGCGUUUGAGGCAGUAGUUGAGAUAAUCAACACUGCCACUGUCGACUCCUUUGAGAAGCUGAGGCUCGCGUUGAUAUUUUGCCUUGAAUACCGUCGUCACGAGGAUAAGAUUAAUAUGAUAAAGGACAAUUUGCGUCUAAACGGUUUGGAGUCUAUGGUUCCCAAGUUAAGCGCUUUGUUGGACUACGCGGUACGUCCAGACAACGCCAGCGAUAGCACUGCUUUAUUCUCCAAGGCCAAGAAUACAAUUAACAAGUCACUUUCAUCUGGAGCUUCGAGUCCUUAUAUGCAGUAUACUUCGCGUCUUGCACAUAUUGUCCAAUCGUUGCUUAAAGGUCGUUUGGACACCCAUAGCUUCUCGAUGAUUGCGACAUCUGACGACUCUGGGUUUAACUUGGGCACUCGCCCUUCAUCAGUAGUGGUUUACGUCAUUGGCGGUGCUACUUUCAAUGAGUAUCGCGACCUUCAGGGUGUGAGUGCUGCUACUGGUGUGCCCAUUCUUUUGGGUGGCUCGCGCCUGUUAAACUCCCAGAACUUCACCAAUAAUUUUUAGCCAUGCCUUUACGUAUUCCACGUGUGUUUUUCCGUGGUUUUUCGUCAGAAGCCAAGGACCAUUGGCAGCUGACUGACGAACAGCGUCCUACUGUAUCUGCUUUAGACCG